AUGAACAAGACUUUGCUUUUGUUAACUAUUUUGGCUGUCGGUGCUUUGGCUUCCACUGCCCCUGCUGUCGAAGAAGGUGUCUAUGUCUUAACUGACUCCAACUUCAACGAAUUCAUUGCCUCCAAGCCUUUUGUUUUGGUUGAAUUCUACGCCCCUUGGUGUGGUCACUGCAAGAAGCUCGCCCCCGAAUAUGCUAAGGCUGCUUAAGCUUUAGCCAGUGAAAACUCCUAAGCUGUUCUCGCUAAGGUUGAUGCCACUGAAUAAAAGGACCUCGGUACUAGAUUCUCCAUCCAAGGUUUCCCUACCUUGAAGUUCUUCAUCAACGGUUCCACUGAAAACCCUGUUGACUUCAAUGGUGGUAGAACUGAAAAGGACAUCCUUAACUGGAUCAAGAAGAGAACCGGUUCCGUUUCUGAAGCUCUUAACACUGCUGAAGAAUUAACCGCCUUCACUCAAAAGAACCAAGUCGCCAUCGUUUAUUUCGGUGAAAGUGAAAAGGAUGCCAACUACGAAGCCUUCAAGUCUUUGGCUAUGUCUUAUGAUGACCUCGCCUUCGCUCACGUUUUCAACGCUGACUUGAGAACUGCUUAAAACGCUGCUGCUCACAACCUCGUCCUCUACAAGCACUUCGAUGAAAAGAGAAACGACUUCACUGGUACCUUCAACGUUGCUAACUUAAAGACUUUCGUUGACACCAACUCUUUCCCCAUCGUUAUGCCCUUCAACGACAGAGCCAUCCAAAAGGUCUUCUAACAAGGUAACCCCACUUUGUUCCUUUUCUCCAACAGCAACGAAGCUUCCCUUGCUGCUGAAAAGGCUUUCGCUGCUUCUGCUGAAGAAAACAGAGGUAAGAUCGUCUUCUCUAUCUCCAAGCCUGAUGACACCUUCGGUCACUACUAAAAACUCGCUGACUACAUCGGUGUUAACACUGCUUAAGUCCCCGCUUUAAUGCUCGUUCACUCCAGCCACGAAGUUCUUAAGUACAAGUUCACUGCUUCUGAAAUCACCCAUGCCACCAUUAACUAAUUCGUUAGUGACUACCUUGCUGGUAAGCUCUCAACUUACUUGAAGUCUGAAGAUAUCCCUGCCACCAACGACGAACCCGUCAAGGUCCUCGUCGGCAAGAGUUUCGAUGACCUCGUCAUUAACAGCAACAAGGAUGUCUUAGUUGAAUUCUACGCUCCCUGGUGCGGUCACUGCAAGCAACUUGCUCCCAUCUAUGAUGCCGUUGCCAAGAAGCUCUCCCACAACCACAACAUCGUCAUCGCUAAGAUCGAUUCCACCGCUAACGAAGUUCCCGGAGUCAAUAUUAGAGGUUUCCCCACCAUUAAGUUCUAUCAAAACGGUAAGAAAUCUACUCCUCUUGAUUUCGAAGGUGACAGAACUGAAGAAGGUAUCCUCAAGUACCUCAAGGAAAAGACCACCUUCCCUUGGGUUGAAAAGAACGAAGAUCUCUGA